AUGGAGAAUGCUUUGCGAGCAUGCUGUAAAGGUAUCAAGAUUGGUAAAAUUCUUAUUCAUAGAGAAGGUGACAACGGUCAGCAGCUAGUAUAUGAAAAGCUGCCAAAUGAUAUCUCGGAUAGGCAUGUGUUACUGUUGGAUCCUAUUUUAGGCACAGGUAAUUCUGCUGUUCAGGCGAUUUCGUUAAUUUUAAGAAAGGGUGUGCCAGAGUCCAACAUUAUAUUUCUCAACCUCAUAUCAGCACCUCAAGGUCUGCAUAUGGUCUGCAAAAGAUUCCCAAGAAUAAAAAUUGUGACAUCCGAGAUUGACAUUGGUUUAAAUGAAGAUUUCCGAGUCAUUCCUGGGAUGGGCGAAUUUGGGGAUCGAUAUUUUGGAACAGAUGAUGACGACGAACUGGUGGAGAGCCGUUCGCGGUAG